AAUUGAUGAUGUAUGAAGAGAUGAGUCUGGAGUUAGGUGAAGUCAUACAGCCAUGAAGAUGACAUAAUAAUUGUUGCCAGCUCAGAGGGCAAUAGGCAGAAACAGGGAAUGCUAAGUCCUCACUGAAGGUGCAGAAAGCAGGUCGCUACCUUGAGUUACUCUAUUCAAAUCCAACGCUCAAAGUCCCCAGAUUCCCCAAGAAGGCAGUGAUAAAGAUCCAACCCAGAGCUCAUCUAUCAAGCUGCCAAGAACUUUGCAGGACAAGAGAUUUUCAUGAACUUCCCAGUGACUGCUUAAGAAAACUUUUGCUUGGCAACAUUUAUAUUUAAAUUCCUCUGAGUUCUUCUCUAAAGAAGAGCAGAAACAAAUCUACUUUGCAGAAUCAAUGAAGGACCUGAAUGGGCAAUUGGAAUAGUCCUGCAGCACUCCCAGAGGGGAUGCUUGCUCAGCUCUAUUGGCAUAGUCACCCUCACCUCCUUUCCUCCAAGAAGACCAAUGCCUGGGUGCUAGCCUCAGAUCUAACCAAAAUGAUGGCUACUCAGUUUGAUUGUCAAUAUUGUACAACCUCACUCCUGGGAAAGAAGUAUGUCCUAAAGGAUGAUAAUCCAUACUGUGUCUCCUGUUAUGAUCGUAUCUUCUCCAACUAUUGUGAGAAGUGCAAAGAUCCAAUUGAAUCAGAUUCCAAGGAUCUUUGUUACAAAGGCCGGCACUGGCAUGAAGGAUGCUUCAAGUGCUCCAAAUGCAAUUACUCAUUGGUGGAAAAGCCUUUUGCUGCCAAGGAUGAGCGCCUGCUAUGCACAGAGUGCUAUUCUAACGAGUGCUCCUCUAAGUGCUUCCAUUGCAAGAGGACCAUCAUGCCUGGUUCCCGCAAAAUGGAAUUUAAGGGAAACUACUGGCAUGAAACCUGCUUUGUGUGUGAGCAUUGCAGACAACCAAUAGGAACAAAGCCUUUGAUCUCCAAAGAGAGUGGAAAUUACUGUGUGCCCUGUUUUGAGAAGGAGUUUGCUCAGUAUUGCAACUUUUGUAAGAAGGUGAUAACUUCGGGUGGGAUAACUUUUCGUGACCAACUGUGGCAUAGAGAGUGUUUUCUGUGUAGUGGCUGCCGGAAAGAGCUCUGUGAAGAAGAGUUUAUGUCUAGAGAUGAUUAUCCGUUCUGCUUGGACUGCUACACUCAUCUUUAUGCCAAAAGAUGUGCUGCCUGCACCAAACCCAUUACUGGUCUCAGAGGUGCCAAGUUCAUCUGCUUUCAAGACCGCCAGUGGCAUAGUGAAUGUUUCAACUGUGGAAAGUGUUCCACUUCCUUGGUGGGUGAAGGCUUCCUGACCCAGAACAUGGAAAUCUUCUGUCGCAAAUGUGGCUCUGGGGUGGACACUGACAUCUAGAUGGAGUCAGCCCUCCUUACCUGAAAUCCACUUUGCAUUGUUCUCACUAAAUCAAGAACUCAGUCAAA